UACAGAGCAGUCGAUCACCCUGGAUGGAACAAAGGAAAAGAGCAGGGGUGCAGUCAUUGCCUGGAUUAUCCUGGUACACCGCCACUUACAGCCCAGCUCCUUGAUGACAAUUACAGACCAGCGUGGAACUUUUUUUUAGCCCACUCCCUACAAAUGGCUGAUGACAACUUGGGUUAACGCGCUGCCGCCUUGGUGCUUCUACAUGUUCAACUUUAUGGCUAUUUUAAGGAAACUUAAUCACAUACUGCUUCUUCUUCUUUUGUUGACAAUUUGUGGCAUAUGGUAUAGCACCAUCUAUAAGGUGCCUGCUAUCACCAAAGAUGAAGGAGAUCCAGAUAUAGAAGAGGAAGAGGAGGAGGAGGAUGUCAUUCCUGUAGUCAUUUGUGCACCUUCAGGCCGGAUGGGAGGCACUAUUGCUGCAAUCAAUAGCAUAUACAGCAACACUAAUGCCAAUGUGCUCUUUUAUAUUAUUGGUCUAAGAAACAGUUUAGUUCAUAUCAGGAAAUGGAUUCAAGGCACUCAUCUAUCAGACAUUAGAUUUAAAAUUAUAGAAUUUAACCCAGUGGUACUUAAAGGAAAAAUUCGCCCUGAUACAGCUUUCCCGGAGCUUCUUCAACCACUGAACUUUGUACGUUUCUACCUACCACUGCUUAUCAAGGAACACGAGAAAGUAAUUUAUCUGGAUGAUGAUAUCAUUGUAUUAGGUGAUAUUCAAGAACUUUACAACACAAAAUUAUCAAAGGGGCAUGUUGCUGCAUUUUCUGACGAUUGUGACUUACCAUCACUACAGGAAAUUGCCAUGAAAAUAGGAAUACAGAACAGUUUUAUGGGAUUUCUUGACUACAGGAAGCAAACUAUUCAGGAGCUGGGCAUAAGCCCAAGCACUUGUUCCUUUAACCCAGGAGUAUUUGUAGCCAACAUGACUGAGUGGAGACAACAGCACAUCACAAAGAAACUGGAAACAUGGAUGAAGAAGAAUGUAGAAGAGAAUCUAUACAGCAGUUCUGUUGGGGGAGGUGUAGCUACUCCUCCCAUGCUUAUCGUCUUCCAUGAUAAAUAUUCCUCAAUCACUCCAAACUGGCACAUCAGACAUCUGGGAUGGAGUCCAGAUGAUCAGAUUUCUCAGAGUGUCCUUAAGGAUGCCAAGCUGCUUCACUGGAAUGGAAGAUACAAACCAUGGCAGAUCCCUAGCUCACACAGCAAACUAUGGGAGAAAUGGUUUAUUCCAGACCCCACGGGAAAGUUCCAGAUCCACAAACUGUGAACCACAGCCAGCUCA